UUUCUCUCUUCAUCUGCGCAUAUCUCACUUGUAGCAGAAAAGAAAGAAGACGGCAUACAGAGGCAACUUCCCCCUCCUCUUCCUACCCCUUUCUUGGAAUCCCUCCUGAGGAGAGCAGAGCGGACCGGCAGCAGAUAGAAAUCACAGUGCGAGUGUGUGUUGAGGCUGACGUUGAGGCAGAGUGCCCUUCUGUCUUUACCGGUUUUAGUCCUGGAAACACAUUUGAAAUCAAUGUCAGAGGAAGUGUCUCUAUUCAUGUGAAAAUGCGCUGCCAUUCCCAAAGAAGAUUCACCCCCUUCAGAAUUCAGCUGUCACAUAAUUGAGCUAGUUUUUGAGGAAUUAUUGGCACCAUGUACCAGAAAGGAUCAUAAGCUUUCCCCUGACUUGCUGGACCAAGUUGUUCUUAAAUACUAGUCUUUCUAAACCAGAAUAAGAGAGUUUGCCAAGACAUGGGCGACUCCAACAUCAGUCAAAUGGUAGCAGCUUGUACGGAGAUGCAGGAGAGGCUCCCUCAAUAUAUGGACAGCUGUGAAAUGGACUAUGGAAUCCCUCCUGAUGAGAUCCCAGACACCACGCAGGGCCAGGCCUUCUUUGUGGCCACCAUUGUUAUCGGGGUGGUGCUCGUCUGCAUCAUGCUUGUCUGUGGGUGCGGGAACUUCAUAUUCAUUGCCACGCUGACACGCUACAAAAAGCUCCGCAACCUCACCAACUUGCUCAUCGCAAACCUUGCCAUCUCAGACUUCAUAGUGGCUGUUGUGUGCUGCCCGUUCCUAGUGGACUACUAUGUGGUGAAACAGCUCUCCUGGGAUCAUGGAUUACUGCUGUGUGCCUCCGUCAACUAUCUCCGGACGGUGUCACUCUACGUGUCCACCAAUGCAUUGCUUGCCAUUGCAAUUGACAGGUACAUGGCUAUAGUCCAUCCUCUGAGGCCUCGUAUGAAGUACCAAACCGCCUACUGCCUCAUCACAGGAGUCUGGAUUGUUCCUAUUGUGAUAUCAAUUCCUUCUGCCUAUUUUGCCUCAGAGACCAUGUAUCCUCAUGGCGGCAACUCCCCAACAACUCACAAAGUCUUCUGUGCCCAGAUCUGGCCUGUAGACCAGCAAGCCUACUACCGCUCUUACUUCCUGUUUGUUUUUGCCGUGGAGUUUGUUGGGCCUGUGAUCAUCAUGGUUAUGUGUUACUCCCAAAUUUCCCGCGAGCUCUGGUUCAAGAAUGUUCCAGGUUUCCAGACGGAGCAGAUAAGGAAGAGGUUGCGUUGUCGCCGCAAGACAGUGAUCGUCCUGAUCGGGAUCAUGACCGCGUACAUCCUGUGCUGGGCCCCCUACUAUGCCUUCACCAUAAUACGAGAUUUCCACCCAACACUAAUCUCCCGCCAGAAGAACUCAUUGGUAGCCUUUUACAUCAUCGAGUGCAUCGCCAUGAGCAACAGCAUGAUCAAUACCUUCUGUUUUGUCACCGUCAAGAACAACACAGUUAAGUACCUUAAGAAGAUUGUACUGCUGCGCUGGAGGUCCACGUAUGACCCUGGAAAGACUGUGGAUGAGAUGGAUGUUAGGACUUCCUCCAUGCCUGUUACAGAGGAGAUUGAAUGCAUUCAUUCGAGGUGCAGAGAAGAAAUUCUUUAAUCAUUUAGAUUUCGGCUGUUGAGUUACAAAAACAUUGACAGUGAUGGGUUUGAUAUUCAAUAGUUCUCUUGUGUUUAGAUCACAUUUUGGGAAAUGAUCAAGCACCAUGGAGAUAAAGGAAAUGUUCAAACCUAUACAUUGAUUAAUGGGGCAACAUAGCUCAAACUUUGUCAGUAUUAAAUACAGGACUUUCAC